GAACCUACGGGACGGUGUUCAAAGCAAAGAACAAAGAAACUCAUGAGAUUGUGGCGCUGAAGAGAGUUAGACUGGACGAUGACGAUGAGGUAGAUGGGCGUGCCCAGCUCAGCCCUGCGAGAGAUCUGUCUGCUCAAGGAGCUGAAGCAUAAAAACAUCGUCAGGUUGCACGAUGUUCUUCACAGCGAUAAGAAGCUGACCCUGGUGUUUGAGUAUUGUGACCAGGACCUGAAGAAAUAUUUUGACAGUUGCAAUGGCGAUCUUGAUCCUGAGAUUGUGAAGUCAUUCAUGUACCAGUUGCUGAAGGGGCUGGCAUUCUGUCACAGCAGGAACGUGUUGCACAGGGAUCUGAAACCACAGAACCUGCUCAUCAACAGGAACGGGGAGUUGAAGCUGGCAGACUUCGGACUGGCUCGAGCGUUUGGGAUCCCUGUCCGAUGUUAUUCUGCAGAGGUGGUGACCCUGUGGUACCGCCCUCCGGACGUCCUCUUUGGCGCCAAACUCUACUCCACGUCCAUCGACAUGUGGUCAGCGGGCUGCAUCUUCGCAGAAUUGGCGAACGCAGGAAGACCUCUAUUCCCCGGUAACGACGUAGACGAUCAGCUGAAGAGAAUCUUCCGAUAUCCUUUUAAAAUCCCAUGCUUUCAGCAUCCUUAGCCUCCUUAUCAAAUAUUAUGGGCACAAGGAAUCUUCAGGGAACUGAUGCCUGGAAUAAUCUUGAGGAUUUGAAAGGAGGUGUAUCGGAGGGGCUCAUGGCAUUUAACUCGGGAGAGGGUUGUUUUAAAAGACUAGCUGUACUUAAAGUGGGGAAAGCACAUUGCUCUUCCUCUUGAUCGGUCUCAUUCACGCCUCUCUGUGGCUCUCUCACUCAGCGUGCGCCCUGCCUCUCACUCUCACCCUCCUGCCCUAUGUCGCUCUCUCACUCUCUCUCUCUCUCUCUUUCUCGUUUUUUCUUUCUCUGUCUAUCUCACUCUCCCGUCACCACUGACAGUGUGAACCCAUGGAAUGGGCCUGGCCUGGUGGUGUCCCUCGACCGUGUCCUCAGGUCCCGCACGGACGAGCUGGCAGGAAUCUUCACCGUCUGUAACCUCUCCCAAUUCGAUCCCAGACUGCAAUAAAUUCCGAAGAGUUGCGGAUGUAGCCCAGUCCAUGUAGACCAGACUCCCUACCGUCGACUCCUUCUACACUUCACGCUGCCUCUGGAAAGCAUCCAAUAUAAUCAAGGACCCCUCAUUCCAUCCACCCUUUCCCAACAGGCAAAAGAUACAACAGUUUGAAACCAUGUACCACCAGAUUCAGGAACUCCUUCCUCCCCGCAAUUAUCAGACUACUGAAUGGAUGUCCCAUACGCUCAGGAUGAAAUCCUGAUCUUCCGAUCUACGUUUGUUGCGCUAUUUUUUAACCUACUCUUUCUCUGUGGCUGUAACUGUAUUCUGCACUGUGUUUAUUUUCUCUUUUGCAUAUUUGUGAUCAUAUAUGGCAUGAUCUGCUUGGCUAGCACGCAAAACAAAGUGACUAAUAAACCAACACCAUUGCUAAUAACUAACCUUCCCACACUGACCUUUCUCGCCUGGGCCUCCUCCAGUGUCAGAGUGAGGUUACUCGCAAAUUAGAGGAACAGCACCUCAUUUCGCUUGGGCAGCUUACAACCCAAAGGUAUUUCUAGUAACCCCUCCAUUCCCUUUCUCUACGCCCCUCUCACACCCUAGUUGUCCUGCCUUUUUCACUGUUUGUGUCCAUAUUUUCUUUCAUUAUCACCUCUUCCACAGCCAACAAUAGACCAUUGUGGGCUCCACCUUUCCUUGGUCAUCAGUGCCGGCUGAUUUGUUAUGAACCUUUUCAAGCCUCCAGUUUCCCUCCCCUGAUUCUCAGUCUGAAAAAGGGUCUCAAUCCAAAACGUCACCUAUUCCUUUUCCCGAGAGAUGCUGCCUGACCCGCUGAGUUACUCCAGCAUUUUGUGUUUAUCAUCAAUGCUAAUAACUCUACCCAUACUUACCCACUCCUCUCCCACACUCAACAUUCCUCUACUGCUCUAUCUUCACAUUGCACCUAACUCCUAGGUUUCUCCUUGACACCUUCACCUUGCUGGGGACCCCAACGGAGGAGCAAUGGCCAUCAAUGACCAAGCUUCCCGACUACAAGCCCUAUCCCAUGUAUCCGGCAACAACUUCCCUGCUAAACGUUGUUCCAAAACUCAACACUACGGGACGGGAUCUGCUACAGAACCUGCUGAAGUGUAAUCCGGUACAGAGAAUCUCAGCUGAGGAAGCCUUGCAGCAUCCCUACUUUGCAGACUUCUGCCCCCCCUAACGGAGGUGCCAGGCUCGUUGCUGCCCGCUCGACCAGCCUGAAAGAACCACUGCAGCUGCCUCUCCUCUCCCUCCCCCCCCCCCCGCCCCCCUUCCCCUCUCCCCUCCGUGCUCUCCCUGCCACAGGCUGACUGACCCUGAGGUGACUGGCGUGGGGCCGACUCUGGCAAUGAGAUAGAGUCUCGCUGAACUGUUUCUCCGGGAGGAUUUUUUUUGCAUUCCGAACAGAUUAUCAUGAAGAAAAGCACUUUUAUUAUGUCUGUAAAGAAACCAUCUGAACCAUGUAUAGUGGAGUAUUCUGUGCGCGUGCCCCCUAUCUUGUGCUAUGGCACGUGUGACUUUGUGCACAAGAGUGUUGCUUCCGUGUGCGUAUCUUUGUUGUGCUUAUCCACGUGUCCCCAUGCAAUCGUGAGCGUCUCUCGUGCUCUUCGUAUGUACGUCAUUGUGUGUGUAAUCACAUGUAUGUGCAGUUCCCUACUGAUGGAUGUUAAACUAUAAUCUCUGCUCUCUGUUUUCGGUGUCUGACUUGUAUGUUAGUUGUGGAGCGAUGGAUCAGUCUCUGUGCUGUGUGUAUGUGUGUGUUCCUGGUGUCUGCAUGUUACACAGGAUUAGCCCGUGUGAGAUGUGCAAGACAGUUCUGUUGGUUGAUUGUUUGAUGUCACUGAAUCAUUGUGACCUCAGCACAGGUCCAUGUUUUAUGGGGAAUUAUUUUCUGUGAAGUUUAUCGUGAAUGAAAGCACUUUUUUUGUAAAGAAAUGUGAAACUUGAAUGUUCGUCUAUUUUGUAUUGUGUUUGUGAUUUGGCGUGUGCGUGUGUAGACACUUAUCAAGUACUGUCAUGUGUGUAAAUUUGCAUUCUAUUGUGACUUUUAAUGUAUGCUCACGUGUGUCUUUGUAACAAUAACUUGUAAUGUAGACACAAGAAACUGCAUUGCUGGUUUACAAAAAUAGACAUGAAAUGCUGGAGUAACUCAGCGGGUCAGGCAGCAUCUCUGGAGAACAUAAAUUCAUAGGCUAUAGGAGCAUAAUUAGGCCAUUCGACCCAUCGAGUCUAUGCCAUUCAAUCAUGGCUCAACAAUCCCGACACAAGAUGUCACCCACCCAUGUUUACCAGAGAUGCUGCCUGACCCGCUGAGUUACUCCAGCACUUUGUGUCACCUCCUAAUGUAUGUUGUGUGUGUGUGAGCAUGUGCGAGUGUUUCGGAUCCUUUUUAUUUUUUAUUGGAUGGUGGUAUCACUAAGUGGCGGUUCCGUGGAACUCCGAUCCUGAGGGACCACCCCCCUCAUGAAUCGCAGUGGAUCAUCGCAGCCUGUUUGCUCAUUGCUCGGUGUCCCAGUUACAAGCUCUCACUCUGCAGCAUGAACAAGCUGCAGGGUUGGGUAGUGCAGUUGAUACACCAUUUAUUCAUGUAGUUAGGUCACUGAAUUGAUGGUGUUUGGACAGGACAAAAAGUUAGCAAUUGGCUGUGCAACAUUGCUGAAACAAUAGCAAAUCACGAGAAACUCAAAUCUGUGGCAGAAAAUCAUGUGGCAUACCUUGCUGCAGUGCCAAAGUUUACACCUCCUUGGGUGCAAAACAAUGAGUAAAAAGUGAAUAGUUUUAUCAUUCUGAUUAUUAAACAAAGGCACAUUUCAUCCAACCAA